AAAAGAAUGUUCCUUCUCAAUGACACCCAGUUCCACCUCAUCUCCUUCUUGUUGCUGGGGAUUCCAGGGAUGGAAACAUUGCAUGUCUGGAUUGGCUUUCCUUUUUGUGCUGUGUACAUGAUUGCCCUCAUGGGGAACUUCACUAUCCUGUUUGUGAUCUGGGUUGAGAGCAGCCUACACCAGCCUAUGUUUUACUUCCUGGCCAUGUUGGCUGCUAUUGAUUUGGGUCUGUCCACAGCUACCAUCCCCAAGAUGCUCGGGAUCUUCUGGUUCAACCUCAGAGAGAUCAUCUUUGAAGCCUGCCUCAUGCAGAUGUUUUUCAUUCACAGCUUCACACUUAUGGAGUCAGCAGUCUUGUUGGCAAUGGCUUAUGACCGCUAUGUGGCCAUCUGCGAUCCGUUUCGAUACAGCACCGUCCUCACCAACAAGAUUGUCUCUGUGAUUGGUGUUGGUGUGUUAGUGAGGGCAUUUAUUUUUGUGAUUCCAUUUGUGUUUCUUAUUUUGCGACUGCCCUUCUGUGGGAAUCAUGUCAUUCCCCAUACCUACUGUGAACACAUGGGUCUGGCUCGUCUGUCUUGUGCCAGCAUCAAGAUCAAUAUUAUUUAUGGCUUAUGUGCAAUUUGUAAUCUAGUAUUUGACAUCAUAGCCAUUGCCCUUUCUUAUGUUCAGAUACUCCGUGCGGUUUUCCGUCUUCCUUCCCGUGAAGCCCGACUCAAGUCCCUCAGCACAUGUGGUUCUCAUGUUUGUGUAAUUCUUGCCUUCUAUACACCAGCCCUCUUUUCCUUUAUGACACAUCGCUUUGGCCAUAACGUCCCCCGCUAUAUCCACAUACUCCUGGCCAAUCUUUAUGUCGUAGUGCCACCAAUGUUCAACCCUGUCAUCUACGGAGUCAGAACCAAACAGAUUUAUGACCAUGUGAAGAAAAUAAUAUUAAAGAAACAAGGAAAGGAAAAAUAA